AAAACGGAAAGAAAGGAGGAAGAAUCCUCUCACACGUGUUUUCCAACAUGUCUGCCUGUCGUGUUGUUGUGUGCUGAGAAUUUCGGAAUACUUUGUUUUAUUCGUGAAAAACCUACACAGGAAAAGUGACCGAGCUCCGGUUCGAGGGAACUUUAACGGUUCACCAUGGCCCAGAGAAAGAAGAAGUUUACAAAGAAGAAGAGACAUUCGGCGAACAGAGAGUAUGAGGCGGACUCUGACAGCGGAGAGUUCGAGGUUGCUGCCGAAAUCAAAGACGAUGAUUCUGCUUGUAAGAAGCUGCCGCAGUUCCCUGCCGCGUCAGACUGUCUGUCCGAUGUGGAGCCGGACACCAGGAAACUGGUCAGAGCCCAGAACAAGAAGAAGAAGAAGUCUGGAGGUUUCCAGUCCAUGGGUCUCAGUUUUCCUGUUUACAAAGGAGUCAUGAAAAAAGGUUACAACGUUCCCACUCCCAUCCAAAGAAAAACCAUUCCAGUCAUUUUAGAUGGGAAGGACAUAGUGGCCAUGGCCCGCACGGGCAGCGGUAAGACGGCCGCCUUCUUGGUUCCCAUGUUUGAGAAGCUGAAGGCCCCUCAAGCCCAAACAGGAGCCAGGGCCCUCAUCUUGACCCCCACAAGAGAGUUGGCCUUACAGACCAUGAGGUUCACAAAAGAGUUGGGAAGGUUCACGGGCCUCAAGACUGCACUGAUCCUGGGCGGAGACAGAAUGGAAGACCAGUUUGCUGCUCUGCAUGAAAACCCAGACAUAAUCAUCGGAACGCCCGGUCGUCUGAUGCACGUCGUGCAGGAGAUGAACUUGAAGCUGCAAAAUGUGGAGUACGUGGUGUUUGACGAGGCUGACAGGCUUUUUGAAAUGGGUUUCGCUGAACAGCUUCAGGAAAUCAUCCGCAGACUCCCAGACAGCAGACAGACGCUGCUGUUCUCGGCCACGCUGCCCAAGUUACUGGUGGAGUUCGCCCGAGCCGGUCUGACUGAACCGGUGCUGAUCCGUUUGGAUGUGGAUUCUAAACUCAGUGACCUAAUUAAGUUGUCGUUUUUCCACCUGCGUGUGGACAACAAGCCGGCGAUGCUGCUGCACCUCCUGAGGAACGUGGUGAAGCCUCAGGAGCAGACGGUGGUGUUUGCAGCCACCAAACAUCACGUAGAAUACCUGAAGGAGCUGAUCUCCUCAGAGGGCCUGGAGUGUGCCUACAUCUACAGCGCCCUGGACCAGACCGCCAGGAAGAUCAACAUCGGGAAGUUCGUGCAUCGGAAAGCCAUGGUGCUGAUUGUGACUGACGUGGCAGCCCGUGGUAUAGACAUCCCCCUGCUGGACAAUGUCAUCAACUACAACUUCCCAUCCAAGCCCAAGCUGUUCCUGCACAGAGUUGGUCGUGUGGGACGUGCCGGUCGCAGUGGCGUCACCUACAGUUUGGUUUGUCCAGACGAGAUGGCACUUGUUUAUGACCUUCACCUCUUCCUUGGAAGACCCGUUCAGUUCGCUACGCCAGAACACACAAGAGAUUCCGACGGCGUGUUUGGCCGCGUCCCUCAGAGCGUCCUGGACGACGAAGGCUCUCAUCUCGUCACGUUGCACGAGAACUCCCUGGACCUGCUUAACCUCCAACGGGUGUCGGAAAACGCCUACAAACAGUACCUGAAGUCCAGACCCAACCCUUCUCCAGAGUCCAUCAGACGGGUCAAGAACACAGACCUGUCCACCAUGGCUGUUCAUCCCUUAUUAGGGUCGGCUUUAGAUCAGGUGGAACUGCAGCACCUUCAAAUAGUCGACGCCAUCAAGGGCUACAAAGCCAAAUCGACUAUCUUUGAAAUCAACUCCACCAGUAAGACCCAGGCCAGCGAGGUGAUGCGAACCAAACGCUCCAAGGACGCGCGGUCCGUGGACAAAUUCAACAAACACCGAGAGGACGUGGCUGCAGAGAGUCGACUUCACGAGCCUGUGAAACCAAACGCAGAUGAUGACUUUUCACACACCGUGGGCUCUGAAGAGGGCGCUCUAAACGGGGUGUUUUCAGCUGUGGUUGGUGUGAAACGCAGCGGACCUCAUGAAGGUGCAGAACAGCAAAGGAACAAGAGGAGCAGAGAGAGGGGUAAAGACGAGGAGUACUACAUCCCCUACAGACCCAAAGACUUCGACUCAGAGAGAGGUUUGAGUCUGGGUGGAGAGGGCACUGCUUUUGACCAGCAGGCGUCCACGGCCGUCCUGGACAUGAUGGGAGACGAAGGCGAUCACUUCACCAAACACAAGAGUCUGAUGAAAUGGGACAGAAAGAGGAAACGCUUUGUGAAAGACACGGGAAAGGAAGACCAGAAAAAGAAGAUGAGAAUAGACGGAGGACAAGUCAUCGGCGUCAAGAAGAACAAAAAGAACUUCUACGAGGAGUGGAAGAAAAAGUACAAGGUGGAUGAUGGAGACGCAGGCGCCGACCACGAAGCAGGAGGAGGAGGAGGGAGGAGGAGACCUGGGAGAGGUCGGGGCCACGGUCACCGCGGUCCAAACACCCAGAGCUCUGCUGGAGCUCAGCGUACGCCCGGGGGCCGGAUAGUGCGCUCAGAGCUGAAGUCCAGCAAACAGAUCCUGACGCAGCGUAAGAAGCAGCAGAAGCAGCAGUUCCUGCAGGGCGGAGGGAUGAAGAAGCUGCGGUCCAAGAACCGACGGUGGGUGGGAGAGGUCAAGAAGUCGGGCUUCGGACGAGGAGGACAGAAGAAAGGCAAAAUGAAGAAGAGGCUGUGAGGAGGAGAAGACGCAGGAGUGUUCCUCUGAGAGGCUGCAGAUCCAGGGUUUACCCAGAGACUGAUGAUGAUCACUUCAUACCAGUUAUUGGUUUUUGUGGUCUUUUCUCCUGGUCACUGCAUGAAUGAACUCUGUAUUUGUCACAGAGAAAAGAAAAAGUCUAUUCUCUUGGUUUGUGUCUUAUUCAAAAGAUUGUUUUCGCAGAAUAAUCUGAACACAUGGGUUAAAAAUUCAGAUUAUAAAUCUGAAUAAUCUAAUAUUCUUUGUCAUUUCUCUAUCAUUGGUCUUCAUCUUUAUUUUGAAAAACAACAUUCGAUUGGUUCCACACUACAUGACAAAAGCUUCUUUUCAACUCCCUAUACUCCAGGCUAACUUUAGUUUAUUCAGUAAACUUUAGUUCCAGUUUGUCUCUGCUGUUCUUCAGACCAGUUAAAUGAUACCAUAGCAUCACAAUAUAUAAAAUCACGAGUUGUUUCAACUCAAUGCUUCCUUUGUUUUAAUAUAAAGACAAGUAUGUUAACAAAUAAAACAUGUAAUGGCCUGUUAUUUAAAAAAAAAACAAUUCAUAAA